AUGACAGGAAAUAUUACACAACCAAAUUCUGAACCAUCGGCGCAAAAAAAUUCUGAAAUCUAUUUAAUGGAUAUAAGAAAUUUUACAUGGGUAAAUACAUUUGAUGUUCAAAAGACGACUGACAAGAUUCCAAUUAAACCGAAGAACAAAAAUACAGAAAAUACUAUAAAAAUUGUAAUUGCGACAAUUUGUGCAAUUAUAGGUACUGGUAUCAUUUCUAUCUGUGGAAUUUUUAUUUAUAGAUGGCAACGAACUAGGAGGGAACUCCAGGAUGAUCGACAUCUUAGUAUUCCUGGCACAAUUGUUUCUGAAAGCAAUAAUAGUCAUUAUAAAUUACCAGUUGCAGCCGAAUAUAAAAUAUAA